UGGUCUCUUUACCCAUUCCCGUAGGUGAAAUUCAACGCCCCCGAGCAACGGAAGCGUUAGCCAUUGCAGCGCGAGAGAGAUAUGGCCGACUCAGACCUAAUCACUGCGCUCCAAUCCCAAAUUGAGUCUCUUCAAAUCAGAGUCAAGGAAUUAGAGUCCGCGAAUUCCAAACUGUCGUCUAUAGUCUCCACUUGUCACUGCCGUAAGGAGGAAAAUCUUGAUGCUUGUAAUGUUAGUAGUGUUGGGUUAGUUGGUAAGAGCGGGAAGAAGAAAUUGUCAGAAAGUAACAUGCAGACUGGGCGUCCAUCUUCCAAGAGAUACGUUGCACUAAAAAUAAUGUAUUUUGGUCAGGGGUUCUUUGGAUUUGCUUCAGAAGCUCAAAUGGAUCCAACUGUUGAGUCUGAAAUUUUUAAAGCUCUAAAGAAGACAAGGCUAGUUGAUGGUGACAAGAAGGACUUUCUGUACUCGAGAUGUGGCAGAACAGACAAGGGUGUUUCAUCUGUUGGGCAAGUGAUUUCUCUGUUUUUACGUUCUACCCGGAUGGAAACAGAACAGAGCAAUGGAACUUCUGGCAAAUUUCAGGAAAAGGAACCAUAUGAAGGAGAAAUAGACUACGUGAGAAUACUGAAUAGAGUCCUCCCUAAAGAUAUUCGAGUUAUGGGAUGGUGCCCUGCUCCUGUUGAUUUCAGUGCAAGGUUUAGCUGCUUGAACAGGGAAUACAAGUACUUCUUUUGGAGAGGAAAUCUGAAUAUAGAGACAAUGGAGAAUGCAGGUAAGAAAUUUGUUGGGGAGCAUGACUUCCGAAACUUCUGCAAGAUGGAUGCAGCUAAUGUACAUAACUACAAGAGGCGUAUCAUGCAAUUUGAAAUAAUACCUUGCACUGAAAGGCUUGAAAGCGAUCAGCUUUGGGCAGUAAAAAUCAAAGGUACGGCUUUCCUAUGGCACCAGGUUCGGUGCAUGGUUGCUGUACUCUUUAUGAUUGGCCAAGGUCUUGAAUCCCCUAAUGUAAUUGAUACAUUGUUGGAUAUUGAGAGGACACCAAGAAAGCCUCAGUACAUAAUGGCGCCGGAGAUUCCAUUGGUACUCCAGUCCUGCGAGUUUGAAGGCCUCAGGUUUAUGUGCUCGUCAGAUGCAAGGCAAGCUUUGCAUAAGCACUUGAAGAUGGAAUGCCAAACUUACAAACUUCAAGCUGCAAUCUUUCUUGAGGCUCUGCUAAGCUGUUCACUCGUAGACAAUGAUGACAGCAUGCUGAAUGAGAAGAGAAGAAACAAAGUAGCAGUUUCUCAUGUUCCUCUCAUGUCACGGCCAACUGAACCAUCCUACGCUGAGCGGCGUAUUAAGUUGAACUCAGGAGCACGAGACUAGGGGCUUAUGACUUGUCCUUGACACAAAAUUUGAAAUUUCAACCUGCCUGCCAAUACCACGCAUGAUGCAUCAUGAUGGACCCGGACCCGGACCCUGACCCUGACCCUGCACGCUGCAGUGGUGGGCUACCGUUUCGACUUUGUAACGAGUUUCAGGUAAAAAAAAAAACUAUAUUUGGGAGCGGAAAUAUCGGCGUCGAACGUGGCUGGGAGGCGGUCUCACUGCGUUCGAAAGUGCACCGCGGAGCAGCUAAACAUGCUUUCGAAGAUUAACAAAUCUGAAGCGAGGGAAACUCGGAUCAAACAACGCGCCCUCUUUCUCUCCCCCAAACUCUCUCUCUCUCUUUUUGCACGAUCCAGUGAAGUUCGGAUAUUGUGGUGGUAGUCAAUCGAUUGAGGAAAAAUGGAGGCGGCGAUGGGAUUGAUGAGAAG